AUGGCCAAGCCGCUGUCGGACCAGGACAAGAGGAAGCAGAUCUCCGUGCGCGGGCUCGCCGGGGUGGAGAACGUCGCGGACCUGAAGACCAACUUCAACAGACACCUGCACUUCACGCUGGUGAAGGACCGGAACGUGGCCACCAAGCGGGACUACUACUUCGCGCUGGCCAACACGGUGCGGGACCACCUGGUGGGCCGCUGGAUCCGCACGCAGCAGCACUACUACGAGAAGGACCCCAAACGGGUCUACUACCUCUCCCUGGAGUUCUACAUGGGAAGAACCCUGCAGAACACCAUGGUGAACCUGGCUCUGGAGAACGCCUGCGACGAGGCCACGUACCAGUUGGGUCUGGACAUGGAGGAGCUGCAGGACAUCGAGGAAGACGCCGGCCUGGGUAACGGGGGACUGGGCCGCCUGGCUGCCUGUUUCCUGGACUCCAUGGCCUCUCUGGGUCUGGCUGCGUACGGGUAUGGAAUCCGCUACGAGUUCGGCAUCUUCAAUCAGAAGAUCCAGAAUGGCUGGCAGGUGGAGGAGGCUGAUGAUUGGCUGCGGUACGGGAACCCCUGGGAGAAGGCUCGGCCCGAGUACAUGCGCCCGGUGCACUUCUACGGCCGAGUGGAGCACGGCCCGGACGGAGUGAAGUGGGUCGACACGCAGGUGGUUCUGGCUCUGCCCUACGACACUCCGGUUCCCGGCUACAGGAACAACAUCGUGAACACUAUGAGACUGUGGUCCGCCAAGGCGCCCUGCGACUUCAACCUCAAAGACUUUAACGUCGGAGGCUACAUCCAGGCCGUGCUGGAUCGAAACCUGGCCGAGAACAUCUCCAGAGUCCUUUACCCCAACGACAACUUCUUCGAGGGGAAGGAGCUGCGUCUCAAGCAGGAGUACUUCGUGGUGGCAGCGACUCUGCAAGACAUCAUCCGUCGCUUCAAAGCCUCCAAGUUUGGUUCCACGGAGUUCGUACGCAUGGAUCUGUCGGCGCUGCCCGACAAAGUUGCGAUCCAGCUGAACGACACUCACCCUGCGAUGGCCAUCCCCGAGCUGAUGAGGAUCCUGGUGGACCUGGAGAAACUCACCUGGGACAAGGCCUGGGACAUCGUGGUUCGUACCUGUGCCUACACCAACCACACCGUCCUGCCCGAGGCCCUGGAGCGCUGGCCCGUCGACCUCUUCCAGAACCUCCUGCCCCGACACCUGGAGAUCAUCUACGAGAUCAACAGGAGGCACCUGGAGCGCGUCGCUAAACUCUUCCCGGGAGACAUGGACCGCAUGCGCAGGAUGUCCCUGAUCGAGGAAGGAGACAUGAAGAAGAUCAACAUGGCCCACCUCUGCAUCGUGGGCUCUCACGCCGUCAACGGCGUGGCUCGCAUCCACUCCGAGAUCAUCAAAAACACUGUGUUCAAGGAUUUCUACGAAGUGGACCCUCACAAGUUCCAGAACAAGACCAACGGCAUCACGCCCAGACGCUGGCUGGUCAUGUGCAACCCGGGUCUGGCCGAGGUCAUCGCCGAGAGGAUCGGAGAGGACUACAUCCGGGACCUGGACCAGCUGAAGAAGCUCCUGGACUUCGUGGACGACGACGCCUUCAUCCGCGACAUCGCCAAAGUCAAACAGGAGAACAAGCUGAAGUUCGCGGCGCACCUGGAGGAGCACUACAAGGUGAAGAUCAACCCCAACUCCAUGUUCGACGUGCAGGUCAAGAGGAUCCACGAGUACAAGAGGCAGCUGCUCAACUGCCUGCACAUCAUCACGCUGUACAACCGCAUCAAGAAGGAGCCCAACAAGGCCUGGACCCCGAGGACCAUCAUGAUCGGAGGGAAGGCCGCUCCGGGUUACCACACGGCCAAGAUGAUCAUCAAGCUGAUCACGUCCAUCGGGGACGUGGUCAACAACGACCCCGUGGUGGGCGACCGCCUCAAGGUCAUCUUCCUGGAGAACUACCGGGUCACUCUGGCUGAGAAAGUGAUCCCUGCCUCCGACCUGUCGGAGCAGAUCUCCACCGCUGGCACCGAGGCGUCCGGCACCGGGAACAUGAAGUUCAUGCUGAACGGAGCGCUGACCAUCGGCACCAUGGACGGAGCCAACGUGGAGAUGGCCGAGGAGGCCGGCGAGGAGAACCUCUUCAUCUUCGGGAUGAGGGUUCCCGACGUGGAGGCCAUGGACAAGAAAGGCUACGACGCUCACUCCUACUACAACCGCAUCCCGGAGCUGAAGCGGGCCAUGGACCAGAUCUCCGGGGGCUUCUUCAGCCCCGGGCAGCCCGGACUGUUCCAGGACCUGGUCAACAUGCUGAUGAACCACGACAGGUUCAAGGUGUUUGCCGACUACGAAGCCUACAUCAAAUGUCAGGAGAAGGUCAGCGCUCUGUACAAGGACCCCACAGCCUGGACCAAGAUGGUGAUCCACAACAUCGCCGGCUGCGGGAAGUUCUCCAGCGACCGCACCAUCUCCCAGUACGCCCGGGAGAUCUGGGGCAUGGAGCCCAGCCUGGAGAAGAUCGCCGCUCCGGACGACCCCCGCUAGGCGCCUCCUCCUCCUACUCCUCCUCCGCGUGGUCCAACCCGUGGAGCGCGGCCCCGUAGCUCCAUCACUGUGGCAUUAUCUCCGCUUGGCCCCUCCCACUGCAGCGCGUCUUGAAAGAGUUCCCGAAUCGGGUUCUGAGGUUCCCACACUAAAUUAUCCCGUCUCUCCAGCAGAUUGAAGUGGGAACGUCGAGCACUUCCCUCCGUCUGCCGGGCUCAAACCCGACUGGUGCCUCUUCGUUAACUGGGAAGUCAGAAGGAAUCGGAUCUAAAAGAUUUACCAGACGUUUUCAGAAUGAAGUAGAAGUUAGAGGCUGAGAGCUCUGCCUGCCAGAAGUCCUGCUAAAUGAAGUCUGUAGAUAUUAUUUAUGGCGUUUGUUCGUCCUGGGAGCUUCCCAGCCGGUAGUCCUCUGAGUUCCCAGUUGGUGAAGCCUCUUCCCAGCACUGAAUUGGACACAGGACGGUUCCGACAUUCCGGUUUCAGAGCAGUCUUCCAUGAGCGGGAGGAGCGGCUGGAGUCCACGUUUCACUGCAGAUAGUUGCUGUUUGGUUUGUUUUGUGCUGCUGGCUGAACGUCCCCAUCGUCCCCGUCGUCCCCAUCGUCCCCCUGGCUGUGUGUUCUGUUACUGACGGAGCAGACCCGGCUCUCCCUCCUCAGCAUGCUCUCCGUUCUAACGACGCCUCGUCUGCCUGAAGCCUCGGUGGGUGAAGCCACCUCCAGGAAAAUGUAUUCUGUUUGUUGUGCUUAUGUGUGUGUGUGUGUGUUUAUGUGUGUGUGUGUAACCUAGAAGAGUACUGUAACCUGCUUAAGCUACUGAACAUGACUGACAGCUGUUACUCACACUUGAACAUAACAUUGUUACUGUCGUCAGGCUUUUCUUUUUUAGUCAAUAAAGGGAAGUAAAAACCGC